AACAUGUCUGGGUUAUUUUUAACCCACAGCGCUGGGUUGAGUCCGUUGGGUUGUUUUGUUGGGUUGUUUUCCAGCAUGUUAAACACUUUUUGGCUAGUUAUAGUUUUCAAGGUGUUGGGUUAAACCCGCUGGGUUAAUGUGCUGGGUUGUUUCUGCCCACCGCUGGGUUACUUGAAGAGUCUCGCGCGUUUACCGCCUUGAAGACGUUGAGUAUACCAACUUUCAUUUUUAUAAAGAACAAAGGGUCACUGGUUGGAGCAAUUUAAAGUGAUAUCUUGUGUGAACGGGUUCAACAUUCAAACCACACCAGUGAAGAAUUUCACAAAUGAUGAUCCACUUUUUGGACAAACCGUUAUUAAUUCGACAGAUGGAGUUCUUGUUCCUUCCCCCCAAAGUGGAAAACUUUUCAAGUGCACACUUAAGAACGACUGCGUCUUAGUAAAUUCUCCCGGUGAAACAACAAAAGGCCUAAAAUCCAUGGGAUCAGUAGCAUCUAGGGUGAUAUCAGAGGAUGAGCAUAUUCUGGUGUGCAGUCAGUUUCGCACAAGGGAUCGUUCAAUAGAGUACUUGAAUGGAAAUUGCACAAUGAUAAAUGGUGACAGGACAGUCAAACUGAAUCCACAUGAAUUAGUUUCGAAUCUUAAUGCAACACACAACAACAAUGAAGGAGUUAAAGAACGAAGGAAACGAGAUAUCCAGCGGCCCACAGAAAGUGAUGAUGACGAAGAGGAAGAUCCUAGGACAGAGAUCUCUUUUGUGCUUGAUGGUUCUGGCAGCAUUCAACCGGAUGACUUUCAGAAAGCAAAAACAUUUAUCUACAAUGUCAUGAGUAAUGUUUGGGAAACAUGUUUUGACUGUGACUUUGCAGUAGUGCAGUAUGGAUUUGAUAUUAAGACUGAACUCUCACUUCGGGACAAUGAGGACGGUGCCGAGGCGUUGAAAAAAGUACAGAAAAUACAACAACUUGGAAGGGUCACAAAGACUGCCUCGGCCAUCCAUCACGUGCUAACAAAUAUUUUUGUCCCUGAGAAUGGAUCGAAAAACAACUCCAGAAAAAUGAUAAUUGUGUUGUCUGACGGAGAAAUUUUGGGAGACCCGAUGAACCUUACCGAUGUUUUGAACAUGCCACAAAUGGAAGAAAUAACUCGAUUUGCCAUCGGAGUAGGUGACAACCUUAAACCUGAGGCUGUAGAAGAGAUGAAGGAAAUAGCAGACACCAAUAACUUUUUUCAUGUUUCCAAUUAUGCUGCCCUAAACAACAUUCUUUCUCAACUGCAACAAAGCAUAACUGGAAUUGAGGGUACUGGAGGAUUUCAGUUACAGCUUGCCGAGGCUGGAUUCAGCUCACACAUUAUGCAUGAUAGAUCUCUUCUAUUUGGAGCGGUGGGGGCUUAUGAAUGGAGCGGUGGAAUCAUUGUAAAAUCAGAAGACAAUGUCCAAUUUUUCAAUGACUCUAAUAAUGGACCCAAAUUUUCUUAUUUAGGUUACAGUGUGGCCUCUGCUCAUUUACCCAGUAAAACUCUGUAUAUAUCUGGUGCACCGCGGUAUAACUUAACUGGUGGAGUUUUUAUAUUCGAGGGCUCUGAGAAAUAUGUGCUCCAGGGAGAACAGGUUGGAUCUUACUAUGGAUCAGUUAUCUGUACAUUGGACAUUGAUAUGAAUGGAUACACUGAUCAUCUGUUAGUUGGAGCACCUCAUUUCCAUCAAUAUGGGGAGGAAGGCAAAGUGUUGGUGUACAGACUGAAUCAGCAGGGGAGAUUUGAGAGAUUUGAGAGCGUGAACAUGAAGCUGCAGGUUGACGCUGGACAUACCUUCGCCAGGUUUGGUGCUGCCAUUGCUUCUAUUGGAGAUAUCGAUGGCAACAGUUACGGUGAUAUAGCAGUGGGGGCUCCUUUGGAAACAGAUGCCUCUGGUAGCAUUUACAUUUACAACGGCUUCAAAGACUGUCUACGCUUUUCACAAAAAAUAUCUCCAGCAGAUUUUGGGUCGAAACUUGUGAAUUUUGGACUGUCUGUAAGCUCCAUAUCUAGUCCAGCACAAAAUAGGCCUUGGAUCGCUGUUGGAAGUCAGGGGAAGGUGGUGGUUUUUGAGACCAUCCCUGUUAUGAUCAUCAUACCAACUAUAAAUAUCGAACCAAAAACCAUUACUCUCUCUCAGCAAAAGCAGAACAUGUUUGAAAAGUUCAAUGUUUGCUUUAACAUCAAAAGGGGAAAACUUAAGAACGAGAGACUUUCCAUUCUGUACCAAAUUGACUUGGAUUUUGGUCAACACAAAAAGCGCCUAAGUGUUGAUGGUGAAAGUCUGUUAAAAACUAACUUCACUUUGGACCCAUAUAAUGAGUGCACUGACCCUAUCAGCUUUAAAUAUUUGGGUUGUUUUGAUUGUUUUUCACCUAUAAAAAUGAAGUUAAAUUUUUCAUUGGCCCCAAAUUCCAUUGGAACCCCUAUCCGAAUCCUUGACGUCUUUAGUAAAACAGAGAUUUUUGAAGAGAUUUCGUUUGAAAAGGAGUGCAGAAAUCCGGAAGAUUGUAAACCAAACAUUAGACUGUCCAAUUCAAAGAUAAGUGAAACUCUGAUCAUAGUAGGAGAAACUCAAAGCUUAAAUAUACAUUUUCAUCUUACAAACACUGAAGAUGUGUCCUACAUGACAACCCUAACUUUGACCUACCCCAACAUCCUCAGUCUAAAGAAAACUGAAGGUCACUGUCCUGAAGGAAAGGACGGUCACAUACAAUGUCUUCCUCUCUACCCUGAAUUGGUUUUCAGAAGAGGUGAACAGACUAACAUCUCCAUAUUCUGGCAACUCAGCGACACAAAACCUGAUCUCCAUCAGUUGAUUAAUUCCGAGAUUAUCGCAAAUCUGACAAGUAAAAACGAAGUCACUCAAAUUCUGGAUUCUAAAAUAUACAAGUUUGAUGUGAAGUAUUCCCUACCCAUCCAGCUAACUGGCACAGCCACCCCAAACAGAUUCCGUAUAGAAGGAGGAAAGACUGACACUUCAAAGUUGCAAUUCAUGUUUAAGUUUGUGGGUGAAAAUAAGUAUGAUGCUACAAUCGAUGUUGAUGUCAACAUAACAAGGGACACAUUCAACACAGAAGUGAUCGUUGAAAAAGUCACACCAAAGGAGUGUUUAGUGUCUACUAAUGAAGUACAGAAAUCAUAUUUUAUCAGAUGCUCCAUGAAAAUACUGCAAAAGAUCAUCAUUGAUGCCACAGUCUCAAUACGUGAUGUUCAGGAAAAAUCUGACAAGAUCACUGCUGUAGCACAAUACAGCUUUAACGAGACCAUGUAUGCUGCAAAGAACACCGCGAGGUCCGCUACAGUGGAGGUAUUCAUUACAAAGCUAGCAGUGACAUCAUCUAAAGGUUCCAUCAUAGGAGGCUCAAUAGGAGGACUAUUGCUCCUAAUUAUCAUCAUUAUCAUUCUCAUAAAGUGUGGCUUUUUCCGUCGGCGCCGUAAAAUGGACCAAGCACAGAGCCCCAACUAAUCAA